GCAUAUUUUGAAAACGAUAAUUCUGGGCCAGAUGCUCUCCUUGUUUAUCUGUGGGACUGCUGUUACAAGCCAGUACCUAGCAGAAAAAUACCAAGUGAAUACUCCAAUGUUUCAAAGUUUUAUCAACUAUUCUUUGCUUCUUCUAGUUUAUACAACAAUGCUGGCAUUUAGGACUGGCGGUGACAGUCUUUGGCAAAUUUUGAAACAGCGGUGGUGGAAGUAUAUUUUUUUGGGACUGGCUGAUGUUGAAGCCAAUUACAUGAUUGUAAAAGCCUACCAAUACACGACCCUCACAAGUGUGCAGCUGCUGGACUGUUUCGGGAUUCCUGUGCUGAUGGCUUUGUCGUGGUUCAUUCUCCGUGCAAGAUACAGGCUGAUUCAUUUUCUUGCUGUUGCCAUCUGUUUGCUGGGUGUAGGAACAAUGGUGGGUGCAGACAUUUUGGCAGGGAGGCAGGACAGCGAAGGUAGUGACGUGGUGAUUGGAGAUGUCUUAGUGCUUCUUGGUGCUUCUUUGUAUGCCAUUUCUAAUGUGAGUGAGGAAUACAUUGUGAAAAAUCUGAGCAGAGUGGAGUUUCUAGGAAUGGUGGGCUUGUUUGGGACUAUUAUCAGCGGUCUACAGCUAGCCAUUGUGGAACAUAGGGAGAUAAUGAGAAUUCAAUGGAACUGGAAAAUUGCAUUACUGUUCACAGUCUUUGCCCUGUGUAUGUUUGGACUGUAUAGCUUCAUGCCAGUAGUGAUUAAAAUUACCAGCGCAACCUCAGUCAACCUGGGUAUUCUGACUGCGGAUCUCUACAGUCUGUUCUUUGGGCUUUUCCUCUUUUUCUAUAAGUUUUCAGGUCUUUAUAUCCUGUCCUUCGUUAUCAUCAUGGUGGGCUUCAUCUUGUAUUGCUCCACUCCAACUCAGACGGCAGAACCCACUGCCUUGCCGCAGCCUGGCAGCAAUGGCUUGGACAACGCUGCACUAAAGCUUGAGGAGAAUGACAGUGAAAUGCCAGCCGUAACCGUACAGUUCACAGGAGGAGAAACUGUGGUGGUCAGCACUGAUUAAAGAAAUGGCAGCAUUUCAAAAUGGAGCUUUUUUUUUUUUAACUGCCAAAUUUCCCUCAAAUAUUAAUCUGGAGAAUUGCUCUACUGCCAAGGCAUAUGU